UCACUUGUUUAAUUCAAAUGUUUGUAAGGUAAAUGAGCAAAAGCAGCUACUUUUUCACAAGGUGGCAGUGUUGAAUUGAAAUGCAUAGGUUAUUUUUUGGGGGGUAUGUUUUCCAUCAAUACGAUUUUCAAAAGAGCAUAAAAUACAGCAUAUAUCAGUACAUGUAAAAUUUAUUUAUGAUUACAAUUUGUACAGUGUAUUUAUUUAACAUGGCGUAUGGCCUGUAGAAGAAUUAUUGAAAUAUAAACCAGAUCUAUUGAUAUUUUAAAAUAUAAUUUAUCAGAACAUAUUUGGCCCACAUUUGGCAAGAUUAUAGAUCAUUUAAGUGGGUAUUUGAGCAGAAUAAACACCAGUUGGAACUUGUGCUUUGUUUGAGUCACAUGACAACCCCUAUGCUCAUAAGGAAUAGUUUUUCUCAGCUCUGCUGAGGAGCACCAGUUCACACAUCCAGUAAGGAACUUCUGAGAUAGAGCAUUUGAGAUGGAAAUAAUGACAACCCCCUGCUAGAUUCUGUCUAUGCAAAAAUAAUUAAAAGCGAAAGAGGACUGUUGCUAGUCAUAAAGAGGGAGAACAGCACUGAAUUUGCAUUUGGAAGAAGUCUAUUCAUGUCCACACAGGAUUUGCACAUGCAUUACUAAGUUUUGGUGAACAAACAAUUGUUCACAUUGUUUAGCUGAGUAUGUUCUGCUCAUGUCUCAUAUGUUGCCAUCAUCUGAAUUUGUGAAAUACAUCUUUUGGCUUCCAUGACGGAUUGCAUUUCUUCAGGCGAGAACCAACUGGUGGCCCGUGUUUCUUUUAUGUUACUUGGAGUUGGAUCUCUUAUUAUUUUUACAUCAGUUGUGGGAUUCCUUGGAACUGUUAAGGAAAUCAGAUGUCUACUAGUUACAUAUGUGUGUUUUCAAGUCCUGGUGUUUUUCACCCAGAUUGCCAUAUCAGCACUGAUAUUUCUGAAGAAAGAAGUGGUCUACCAUCAGUGGAACAACAGAAUUGAUGAAGUUAUUUCUGAAUAUGGGAAUAAAAGUCUGGCUGAAAAGGAACCUGUGUGGAAUAUUCUGAAUUCUGUGCAGCAGAAUAUGGAAUGCUGUGGAAGAUAUAACUUCACACAGUGGGAAAAGAAUAAAAACAUGGAAAACCGUGCUCAGAUCCCAUGUUCAUGCACAAAAUCUAAUCUGAAGAAAUGGUUUUGUGAUAUCCCAAGGAAUUCAACAUACAGUAUGGGUUGUGAAGAAUAUUUAGAUACGUGGUUUGAAAAUAAUGUUUUGAUCUUAAAUGGAAUUAGUAUCAGCCUGCUAAUUACACAGGUAUUUGUGAUCACAUUAACCAUGAAGCUACUUAUUAACAUCAGAAGGAAUAGUAUUUGGCCAAAUGAAUGAUGAAUUCCUCUGGGUGUUGCUGUUGUGCAAGAUCUGUUCCAUUCCUGUGACAGUAAUCAAAAGUUCACGUUGCACUGUAUGUGUUUUAAUCACCAGUAUAUUAGCAUUUGGGCUUUAAUGUGUUCGAUUUUUGAUCAUACUUACAGAUAUGCUACAAAACUGUUUUAAAGUGUUAAGUACUAUACCUUUUACUAUAUAUGGUUAAUAAAACUUCACCUGUGUUAGUAUGCCCUCUAAUCUUUAACUGUAAAAUUUUGAUUAGUAAAGCUCUGUGCAUUCUUCCCAAGAUAUCAAUCAAGUUGGCAGGGAGAUGCAGCCUUCCCUCCAAGAACUACAUUUUCAGAAAUAAAGAAUACUUUAGCAAGUGUGUAGUGACUUCUGCAGAUAUACAAGUACUCGUAUUCAGUUAACUUGGGAUGUUCCUUCACUAGUGCAGUAAAUUAUAUUCCAAUCAAGUAAACACCUAUUCUUACUUCACUGGUUGAUUACACUUAAAAAAUUUACUUGUGCAAACCUCCUCCCAACCUCUCCUUUUAAAAAGAUGCAAAGAACAGGAUUAUCUGGGUAAAUGCAGCCAAGCAAAGACUGGAUGAAUAUGUGGAACAUAAGGUACUCCCAUAGAGUAUAUUCAUCCUGCCUUUUCUAGAUAAGUAUUUUAUUAUGACAUCCUCUAGAAGGAUUUCAUAUACUUGUAUUUUUCUGGUUUGAGUGUAAGCCUGGUUUCACUUGUUUAUAGUUUCUACAACUUGAAAUGAUUUAGACUUAAUUAAUUGAUUCCAUUUCAAUAUUAUAUAGUCAAGAAUUCAGAAAACAGUGUCAGCUAUGAAAUCUAAAAUUGUUUCUGAUGUACCUUUGUUACAGAAUAGUUGUUAAUUAUGUGAUCUCAUAUUGUCUUUCCACCAUAAGCUACAAUCCAAAUUCUGUAACUGUUGUCCUAAUGCAAAUAUUAUUGAAGCAUGAAUAGAAGCAGCUCCUAUUGUCCUCAGUGACAACUUGGCAUGCCCAAGUGAGAGGAGAAUGUGCUUCAGUGUGUGUUUCUUAAACAAUACAUAUCACAGAAUGGCCCGGGUUGGAAGGGACCUCAAGGAGGAUGAAUCUCCAAGCCCCCUGCCACAGGCAGGGCCACCAACCUCCCCAUUUAAUACUAUACCAGGCUUCCCAGGGUCCCAUCCAACCUGGCCUUGAACACCUCCAGGGAUGGGGCAUCUGCAGCCCCUCUGGGCAGCCUGUUCCAGCACCUUACCACAUUCAUAGUAAAGAACUCAUCAAGACCUCUUAUGAACAUUCACCAUAAAAUGUUGCUGAAUCAAGCAUAUGGGUAAAUAGAUAAUAUACUUAUGUAUGAAAGUAAUAUAGAAGACUGGCCAUACUGCCAUACAUGCUGCUGGUGAUAACAGGAGUAAUUAUAGAAACAUCAUUAUUAGUACAGAAUUUACUAAGAAGUCUUGGAAAGAACAGAGGAUAAAAUCUACUGUAUAAAAAGGGUUUUUUAACUUCAUUUUUGAGAUAAGAAAAUGGAGAUGUGUUUAAUCUGCUAGUUUGUGCAGUGCUGCUGGUAGACACUAGAGGACACAGAGAGCUAAAGUAUUAUAUAAGACGUACAAAAAUAAACACAAGAUUCAUAGAAAGUUAUGAUGUACAAGCCUUAUAUGUAUGCCACACUUCAGAACAUAUUGAGCCACAUAACACUAUACUUUCAGAGAAAAGGGUGUUCAGAGACAGUGGGCUUCAGUGGUCUGUGCCACAGCAAGAAAUUCACUGUAGCUGUCACUGUAUUAAAGCUCAGAAAAGUAAUGAGUGAUUGCAGUUUAGCUAAUUUAGAAGAUGUAUGGACAAAACUAGGAGAUGUCCCUAAAGGGAUGUAUGAUGUGAGAGUGCAGAGGGAAAUAAUAACUGCAUAAAUUCCAAAUACGAGUGAGUAAAGAAAGGAAAUGCAGGCUGUGGUUACAGUCUUUCAUGUCGCUUAAAAGCACCCUGCUGCUAAAGAGACUGUUCUCGUCUUCGUGUUCUGCCUAAGCAUUGGCACUUGUACACAUUCAGCUUUGUUGGAAACUAAUUCAAAGAGCCCUGUCAGGUUUAAAAAUAAAACUAAGUUAAAAAAAAAAAAAAGUGAAAAAAAGAACAGCCUGUUUAUAUCAUUACUAGUUCAGUAUUGUUUAUGUAGUUAUUGGCCAAUGCUAGUCAAGAAUGAAAUACAUAUACGCUUCAGGGCUUCAAAUUUUAGUUUUUACGUAAAGUUCUCUAACUUCUAUGCAAAAAUGAAUCUCCCUCUUACUUUAUCUGCAUUCACCCCACCGCAUUAUGUGCCUGGAUGAACAAUGUUUCAGCUUCAGUGGCUGGUCCGGCACACUGACUGCUUUCACUCACAGCACCUUGUGACCUCAGGACUAGGGUGCUGUCUUGAGAUCUGUGGGCUCAGCUUCUGGAAGAGAACAAAACUGAAAACUUGUUUUUUCCAACCUGUAUAAUGGAUGCUCCAGUUGUUGGAACACUAUACAAUAUAUGGGGCUGGAAUCACUGCCAGUAUUGUACCAAAUUUAGUCAUAGUGUUAGUCAUAGACAAAAAGUGACUAAUUUUGGGGGGAUUCUCUGGGGGUCUUAUGGAGACUUUCGGUGACUCUAUUGCUUGGUUUAAACUUGAAUUCUUAUAGAGGCAGAGUUACAAGCUAGAUGCCCGGUACCACUGAAGUAGGUGCUUUGAAAGCAUGUGGUAAUUGAAGUCAGGCUCCCAAAAUAUUUCUGGACAAGGUAAGGAGGCACGAAUGAUGUGUCUACGUGGCUAGACAGUCCUAGAAAACCGUGGUGUGAAUGCCAACUGGUUGAUUUGUGUUCCUAUUGUGAAAGAAAUAAAAAUUAUAGUGAUCUUGUUUCCACUUAUUGCUCAGCUCCCAAGGGAACAGAAUAUGCAGUUCUCAAAGGACAACUCUAAUUUCUGAUUGGUACUUAUCCAAAGCUAAUUUAAGCCAAUGUCAGUUCUUCAGUGAAUGUCGUGUCUGUGUACUGAAUUGGGAUCUUCUGUAGCCCUGCAGAUAAUGCUACUCCAGUACAAAAGUUAUGGAGAACAUGUCCAGAUAUUUUAAAUACCAAUUUGGUCUAGAACAGAUGUGAUAACUUAGGGUAUGGCUUAGAAGGCUUUGAAGAUAUAAGCUCAAAAGAGCAUGAUAGAUCAAAAAUUUGGCUGAGAUGGAAAGCUUGAAAACUACUUUAUCAUUGAAUACUAGCUGUUAGGGCACUAUUAUCCAUUAGCAAACAAAUAAAAAAGGAACACCGAGCUUGAAAAUGUAACUUUAAGAAGGUGUCAAGAUCUGUGUUUUUGUAGUGAGGCAGUCUCUAACUCUUUGAACAUAUCUUUUUUAAAGAACGCUCUUAAGCCUCAUUUACCUGCCAAAUGUACGUAAAGACAGUCCUGCAUCAUGCUUUGAUCACUGAACUUAUGGAAUUUAUCUCUGAUGACAGUAAGGUCAUCACAAUGAUCUGUAUAUUUAAUAAUUCGUAAAAAAAAAAAAAAAAAAAAAAAAUCCUGGCUAGAUUACCAGCAUGGAUUUUCUUUGGAAACAAUUUAUGUUCAUGUUUUUGUUUCCCCCUUCCCCCCCCCAAUAUAAACUAUUCUUAUUGUCUUAUAUCUUUCUUUUUAAAGACAAAGGAUCAGUGUUUUAUUUCUGAUCAACUGAGUAAAGCAUUUCAACACAGGAAAAAAAAUAUCCUAUGAAUUGCUGGAGUUUGGGGCUCAUUAAGUGGUCAUUUAAAAUACUCCUAUCUGUAAAUAAACAACAUUUUUCACAUGCACUGACAGUUUCAAAAUCUCAAACUACUGGAAAAUAGCUGUACAGUUAGCUUAUGGUGUUUUCCUUUAUGUAAACACAUUUUACAUACUGGCUUUAGUUUGAUUGAAGCUUUUCAAAGUCUUCGAGCACUGCUUAUUCUUAUGGUUUGUGAAACGUGAGGUAGUUUAUUUCUUUAAGUUCUAGAUUAUAUUCUGAGAAUUAAAGGUUCACUUCUACUCAUCCUGCCAGAAAAUAAAAGUUUACAGCAAGAUACACAGGCUUAAAAAAAGACUGAGUGUGGGAGGGAGGCACAGACUGUAUUUUUUAAAAAAGCUUGUGAAGAUUGAACAAAUCACAUAUUUUUUGAGCACUGGAUUUGGCUGGAGCUGGUAAUACUGCAUCUCUCAGAAUCUGGUCUAGCUGCAGCUAUUUUGAAAUUAUGUUAGUAAGGGUUCCCAGCUGCUAAACAUUCAAUUUUCUGUAUGUUUUGCAGCCACAACACAACUCAUUAUUACAACAUGCAGAAGGGCACAUACUGAACUGUACAUUCAAGUUCAGUGAAUGAAACUUAUAACUGCACGAGAGAUCAUUUGUAACACAUGCCUCUUUGUCUUUAAAAAUUAUAGUAGUAUUAUCAUACCGAACAUAUAUUUCUACCUAAAUUCAGUUCCACUCCUAUGCACUCAGUAAUCUGGAACUGUAGAUGAACUUAAAGGUCCACUCAGGAGGAGGGCAAAGGGCAUGAUGACUUUGAAGGAUCAGACUUUUAAUAUCAGACAUUUACAAAGACUAUGGGAAGAGCAGGGUUCAUAAAACAAUUCCCACUUCUCCCCAAUUUAUUGGACAUAGGAUAAAGAACGCCAUAAUGUCCAAAAUGCCUGGGUGGUACAACCCAUAAUCUCUCCAGUGUAUAAAACAAAUGGAGAUGGUUAACUUUUUCUUGAUACCUGUGCCUGUAAUUUCACUCUUUUCCAGUGUAGAGGAAGCUGAAGGUUUACUGUCUAUCAGACAUAAUUUAAUACAGGAUGAAAACAUCAACCUGCAGUGUUAACGUCUAGUACAGCAUAUGAUUUUUAGAUACUAUAUUACUUGCAAACACCAUGAAUUUACUGACUGUAUGAUCUUGAACAUCAUUCCAGUUUGAAUGUAGAUAGCAACAUACAUAUUUUUGAAGUGCUGUGUAAAAUACUAAUUGUUGUUCUUGAAAGUCUGCUGCAGUUUGGCAAAUCACUGUUUCAUUUAAUAGCUAUGAUUCUAUGAAACAAAAUACUGCUGCAGAAUGUAAAUGAAGCACUUCUCAAUGCUUUUUGAGUCUGAUUCAAGAUUCAGUGCUGAAAUAUUGGAUGAACAUGGCUGCUACACCCUUCACUACUUUCAUCUCCAGUAUUCAUCAUCCAGUAUCUCUAGUUCAUGUUCUGAUAUCACAUCCACCAGGCUCCUAUUUAUAAAUUAACUGAAUUAAUCAAUUACUAGUUAUUUAAUGAAGGUUUUAGGUUUUUUGUCUCAUUUUGAACAUUUCAUAUGCUGAAGAGGGUUAGACACACUUUUAAGGCUUCUGUGAAACUCUUGCUACCUUAGAUAAUUUACACACAGACUUCCAUUAUUUAUGGAAGAAAGAAUGGAGUAAAGUAAUAACUCCACAUUCACUACAGAGAGCAAAGGCAACAAGAAGUACACCUAAUCUUGCAUGCAUUUUGCUACUUGUAAGCAGAGCCCCAGGUGAACCUUUUCUCAUACUUAGGGAAUUCUGACCAUUUCUUUCCCGUAACAUGCUUUACUUACAUUUCUAAUCAAGGGUAAGUUUAUGUAACAAUCCUUUCCUUGUAUCUCCUGUUCUUAGUCAUAUAUUUUCUUUACUACAGUAGAAACCUGAAGACUCAAAUGUUUCAAACCUUUGUCUGGCAAACCUGGUAGAGAAUAUCCAACACAUGCAAAAAUAUGGGGAAGGAAUGACAGACACUCAGGCAAGAUGUUAUGUGCGGUCCCUGCACACAACCUUGUAGCCACGCGUACUCACACAGACAUCUCACUACAGCAUGGCUGUGCAAUCAGGUCUCAUUUUUAUAAGAAAUGCAGCUGAACUUUUGAACUGUUAGGCACUUCUUAAAUCUGCUGCCCUAUAGCUCUGCAUGCCAUGAUCAUCACUCGUUGUGUUAGAGUAUGACUGUAAAUAAAUAUCUCAAAAUGCUACCAAUAUUUCCCCUUAUUAGGAAGGAUUCUUCCUCAUUAUCUCUGAAAAAUACCUGUGAACACCAAUAUUUUUCAGACUCUCAGUGUAACUCUAGUACCUCCAGUCAUAUGUGAGAAUCUGGCCCAUAUGUAAGAAAGUAGUUAUAUUUAAAAAAAAUAAACUAAACAGAGAGAGACAGUACAAAUAGCAAAUAGCACAGUCACUGGUAUGCUCUUUCCUAAGUGCUGUGUCAUGUCAUUGCUAACGAUCACAGUCAUUCUUGAUUUAAGCACCAGCUUACGUCCUCCAGGAUGUAAUUUUUUUCCACACAGAUUUAUUAUGUUUUGAAAAGGUAAUAACUAUAAAUGAAAAAUCUAAGAGUGAAUGUGUUUACGAUGUUGGUAAGGCUGUACAAACACAAAAGGAAAGUAGUCCCCUAAAACAUUUCUGCAUAUGUAUUCAGUCUUUUCAGUUCUUCCACCUCAAAUUUAUUUUAAGCUCAUAGUGAAUGUAACUUUCAAAUAAUGUUGUAAUUGGCUCCUUUGCACUGCACACAUUUCAUUGUAAUGUGUCUAACUGUAAAAGUCAGAGAGAAAUUGUUUAAGAGAAAGGGCAAUUCACAUGGGCUAGACUCCACCAGGUUCUGUGAAGUUCUUUGUAAUGAAUAAUAGUGUGAUCAAGAGUAGAGCCUGAAUCACAAUGCUUUACCCAUCUUUUCUGGAGAAGAGAGGAGUGUGUAAAGAAUUGAAGUUAUGCAUUUUCUUUGCUGUCAUCAUAUCAAUAGGUAAACAUAUGCUUACAUGUCAGAAUGUGUGGAGAACUGCUUUGUAUCUUAUUUUUUAUAUGAUAUAAAUGUACUGAGAACUGCUUUGUAUCAUAUUUUGUACAUGAUAUAUCAUGUAAUAGAUAGAAUGUGUUGUAUAUAGGUAAGAUAUUAUGAAGCUUGUUAGAAACAUAAUUAGAAAGGAUAACCUUAAGAUAAAAUAAAACAAUUACUUGAGACUAUUGUUACUUAUAUCUUGAUUUAGAUAUAAAUUGUUUAAAUCUGUUAUGAAGCUCUACAUAGGAGAAUAGUCUCAGACUCAGAAAUUCUUGAUUCCUUUCUUUUUCUCUGCCACUGACAUAUGCAGUCAUUGUAUGCAAAUAUUUUCAUCUCUUACUGUUUCAAAUCU